AUGGCCGAACCACCGCAUGUACCCCUUCUGUUGAAGUUGCGACUUAGUUCGGACAAGCUACGCCAGGAACAGCUCCGCAACGACGCCGUUGCAGAUUCAAAGCUACCCGAGGCCGACGCGGACAACGCAACUAACGCUACAGAACAAGUCAUUGCUGGCGAAGCACCUGACGCCAAUGCACAAGAGACUAGGCGUGUGACCCGCGGUAUGCGAGCUCUUGGCAGUACACAGAUGGGCGGUACACAAAUGGUCGUUACAGAUAUGGGUGGUACACAGAUAGGCGGUACACAGAUGGGCGGGAUGCAGGAGGGCGGUAAUCAGAUGGGCACCAUGCCGGUACCGAUGGAUAGUGCUUUGGAUCCUCCAGGUCUGAUCCCGCGCUCGCACUUCACCGACCCAAAAGAACGCCGUCAGUACGUGUGGGAUACCCGUCACUUACGACCAGCGCGCAUGAAGACAACACCCCCAGCUGCUCUCGCUAGACGCCGAUGCGAGGACGCUGCGUUCGAAGCCGCUACGCAGAAGAGGCUCAAGGAGGAACGCGAGGCGCGCGAAGCCAACGAGGAGGAGUUUCGUCGCAGGCGGGAAGAAUUCAUCAUGAAGGACAAGAAGGCGCGGAGGUGGGCCAAGGCCAUCGAAGACGAUAUGGAGUUCUGGUACAAAUCGCCUCUUGCCCGUAAUAUCAAGAACGGAGCUGAUCCUAACCCUGAAGAGCUGGAGCAGCGUCGUAAGCUCAAGCAAGACGGUAUGAUGAGGGGCAUGAAUCCUUUCCCGGGCAUAAAGGGAGAUUUGAUGUCUUCCGAAGCUAAGGAGAAGGAAAUCGAAGAGAUGCGGGAGUUCCUGGCACUUCAAGCAGCCAAGGGUGAAACUUACUUCACCCCUCGCUAG